AAACGGUGCUAUAUCUGCUUUAGCUAGAACAGACAGAGUGGAAAAAAACAUUUGGUACAUCCUAUUCAUGCGACAUAGUCGUCCCAGGACCCCGAGUAACCACAAGUUCGUCAUGGGUUCGAAAUCAAGACGAAGGUCUCGUUCCUUGUCCAGAAGUCGGACUCGGGACCGACGAAAUAAAUCCAGAAUAAACAGGUCGCGAUCCCCAGAGGGAAGAGCGCAUUGCCAACUAUCAGACACAAAACGAUCCGCUCGGGGCCGCGGACGAGCCGAUAGCCGUGACUCCGGCAGCAGCUCUCCAGACAAACGGCGGCCUCAACAUCGGGGCCGUUCAAGUUCCAAAAGUAGCUCGGAGAGCGAAAGUGGACGAAGAUUACACCGUGUCAGGAGCAAUUCAAAGACCGCGUCAUCAAGUUCGGAUUCAGAUCAUCAUAAAGAGAGAGGGAGAAAAAGCGACAUGCAGGUCCGAAGAGGAACAUCUCAAGACAGAAGGAAGGGGAAGUCGUCUUCUUCAGACUCUCGGGAUGGAAGCAGUGAAAGAGAGAGAGGAAGACAGAGAAGCCUCAGCCGAGGCAGAGACAGAGACAGAGAAAAAAAUUCAGAGAGAGGUAGAAAAAGGAAGAGUCAAGAACGAGAGCGAGGGAGGAGUGAGAAAGACAGAAGCAGACGUCAAUCCAGUUCAGCAGACUCCUCUGACAGCUCAGGCUCCGAUCAGGGGAGCCGAACGGUCAAAGAGAAGGAAGACAAGAAAAAACAAAAGGAGAUGAUGAAGGCCCUAGAAACACCAGAAGAGAAGAGGGCCAGAAGGUUGGCAAAGAAAGAGGCGAAGGAGAAGAAGAGGAGGGAGAAGAUGGGCUGGAGUGAAGAGUACAUGGGAUACACUAAUGCAGACAAUCCUUUUGGUGAUAAUAACUUAUUGGGCACAUUUAAGUGGCAAAAGGCUCUGGAUAAGAAAGGUAUUGGCCACCUUGGAGAGAAAGAGCUCAAGGACAGGAACAAACGCAUACAGGAGGAGAAUCGCAGAGAGCUCCAGAAGGUAAAACAGCUGCGACUGGAGCGUGAGCGAGAGAAGGCAAUGAGGGAGACGGAGCUGGAGAUGCUGCAGAGAGAAAAAGAAGCGGAGCAUUUCAAGACGUGGGCCGAACAGGAAGACAACUUCCAUCUGCAUCAAGCCAAACUGCGGUCUAAGAUUAGAAUCCGUGAUGGCCGUGCAAAGCCUAUCGACCUUUUGGCAAAGUACAUCAGUGCAGAAGAUGAUGAUCUUGCUGUUGAAAUGCAUGAACCGUACACCUUCCUCAAUGGGCUGACAGUCACAGACAUGGAUGACCUAUUAGAGGACAUUAAGGUUUAUAUGGAGUUAGAACAAGGCAAGAAUGUGGACUUCUGGAGAGACAUGACCACCAUCACCGAGGAUGAGAUAAGCAAGCUGAGGAAACUUGAGGCCACCGGAAAAGGACCAGGUGACCGCCGCGACGGCAUCAACACAGCGGUGAGCAGCGACGUCCAGACCGUGUUCAAAGGAAAGACGUACAGCCAGCUGCAGGCGCUACAUCUCAAUAUAGAGACCAAGAUUCGGGCCGGAGGAUCCAACCUUGACAUCGGUUACUGGGAGAGUCUGUUGCAGCAGGUGCGAGUCUACAUGGCGAGAGCAAGGCUGAGAGAGCGACACCAGGACGUGCUGCGUCAGAAGCUGUUCAAGCUGAAGCAGGAACAAGGCGUCGACAGCGAACCUUUGUUCCCCAUCAUUAAGGAGGAGCCAAUGAGCGAUGACAUUGGCAACAGAGCAGCAGGCCGAUCAGGAGAGUCGUCAUCAGAAGAGCCUGGCCAAUCAUGCUCUUCCACGUCCAUGCAAAAUAUCAACAAAGGAGAGGAUGAUGGCCCAUCCACAUCCACAUCCACAGCGGAACGCAGAGACAAGGAUGGAGAAGAAACCGAGGAUAAGAAAGAUGACGAGAAGGCCGAGGAGGCGGAGGCUGUGCUGACCGAGGAGGAUCUGAUCCAGCAGAGCCAGGCGGAGUAUGAUUCGGGUCGCUAUAGUCCGACACUGCUCACGACCUCUGACCUGCCACUAGACACGCACACCAUCACCCCUGAGGAGGACACACACAGGCUGCAGCUAGCCCGCAGACAGCUGCAGGUUACAGGGGACGCCAGCGAGAGCGCCGAGGAUGUUUUUGUGCGUCGGGCCAAAGAAGGAAUGGGCAACGAUGAGGCCCAGUUCAGCGUGGAGAUUCCCGUCACGGGCAAGAUGUACCUGUGGGCAGACAAAUACCGACCCAGGAAACCCCGUUUCUUCAACAGGGUCCACACUGGUUUUGAGUGGAACAAAUACAACCAGACCCAUUAUGACUUUGACAACCCUCCGCCCAAGAUCGUGCAGGGCUACAAGUUUAAUAUUUUCUACCCUGACCUGAUAGACAAGCGCUCCACCCCUCAGUACUUUCUCGAACCCAGUCCUGAUAACAAAGAUUUUGGGAUUCUUAGGUUCCAUGCAGGACCGCCAUACGAGGACAUUGCUUUUAAGAUAGUAAACAGAGAGUGGGAGUACUCACACCGGCAUGGUUUCCGCUGUCAGUUUGCUAACGGCAUCUUUCAGCUGUGGUUCCACUUCAAGAGGUACCGCUACAGAAGAUGAAGUCAUUCCAAAUCUCUGUUGGGGAUGGGUCCACUCAAUAGGAGCUGUAAGUGUUUCAUAAUGCAAUGUGUUCUUAAAAAAAAAAGAAAA